AUGACGGUGGGGGUGGGGGUAUUGUUUCCACGUGCCUGUCUUGAACCUAUUGCCGUUUUAACGGAGAAAAAGAAGAGCAGUGGCAGCCGUGAUUGUGCUGCAGAGGAGGAAGGAAGUGUUAUUGAUCAACAUACUCCUCUUUCUUCAUUAAUGGAAUAUUUUUGUGCGAGGUUGUUGGUGAGGCAGGUUGAUUCGUUCGGCCAUCAAACUGCGUCUAGGCAAAUUGAUGUCCAUUUGGGUAGCGUUACAUCCCUUGUAGCAGAGGAGGGCCUUUAUGUCCAGGUGCCCUCACGCCGCUUCACCUCUGAAUGCGUGCGUUGUGCGAGAAAUGGCACACCGAUGGAUGUGGUGAUCUACAAUAGCCUUAGAAAUCGUUGGUGGAAGGAUACUGCUGCUACUGAUGGUAGUGGUCAAGGUGGUAAUGGUGAUGUCGCAGGAGACGAGGGGUAUAUGUACGGUUUCGUCCAGUUUAUUGGACUUGGUCACGAGGGUGGGGGUUUGCUCCUCGCUGCAUUCUCCACGCUUCCUCUGUUUAACAUGCUGCGUAUGGUGGUUCUGGAGACGCUUCCACAAGUUCUUCGCACAGCAAGGGAGGUAGACAGUAACCUCCUUGGGGUAAAACACGAGGAUAGAAGAAAAGUUUCUGCGGUGUUUAUGAAUGCCAUGUCGCCUCUUUCUGCCCUUGUGGAUGUGGAAAGUACAGUGAAUAAAACAUCUGGAAAUGGAAAGUUUUACUUGCAUUUUCCAGGGAACGAUAUUGCUAUCACUCGUCCAGAUGACCUUCGGUGUCCAUUUGUCGAUGUUCCACUCUCUGUUCUACUUAUGAGUUUUUCAUACGAUGCCCUUCGUGUCAUUUAUUCUAUUCUCUUACAAGAGAAAAAGGUCGUCUUUAUCGGGGCAACCCCACAGCACGCUUCAGCAUGUGUUGUGAGUGUUCAAGCAAUGCUUCUUCCAUUUGUAUGGUCCCUACCGAUAGUUCCAUAUUUACCCCCUGAAGCGUGUGACGUCCUUGAGUCACUUGGUGAUUCUGGAUUUAUAUUGGGCUCUACAUCAGAUGUGGUACCGGGACUCAUGCUGCGCAGUAGUACUUCUAAUUGUCAACGACGUGGUAAAACCUCAGGAGCAGCAGGAGGAGGAGGACGAGCAGGUGAGGAGAAACCUGGUGAGGGUGAGGAGUGCCGUAUUUGGUUCGCCGAUGGACGCACAGGUGUGGUUGGUGUCUCACCAUGUGAUACAGAUCGUUUGUCCUUUACAGCGCUGGAUUUGGUGCCACCUAGCGAGAAAUUGAAAGAUGCGAUGAAGCGGAUGGUCUCGAAGGAACAGCGUCAGAUGUUUCACGGAACACUAGGUUCAGCAGUGGGGCAAUCAUUUGGUGGGUUUUCACUGUGCUCUACCACGUCUACAUUAUUUUCUUCCUUAUCUACUGUGGAAGAGCUACAUGUCGCAUUCCUUGAGUACAACGUGCACCGUCUUGUUGGAAAUUAUCGAAAAGGUUUGUUGGCUCAAGGUAGCAACAGCAGCAUGAACAAUAGUAGUGUUAGUGGUGGUACUAAUUGUGUAUCACGGAUGCAGGGCGGUGCAGCCUUCGUCAUUGAUUACACACGUUUUUUACCAGGUAACCUUGACAAUAACAUCUCUCUCGCUCGCUGCAUCGUCGGUACACGAAUGUACCGUCACUGGGAAAGCGCUGUGUUAUCGCUUGAAACACUCGGUAUUCUGCGAUCUCUUCUUGGGGAGUUUGUUCGUAGCCGCUUGCGGUCUCUUGAGCGAGAUGCCACCGCAUCCACGUUGGCUGGAAAAGAGACCCUGGCUACGCAUUAUUAUCUCUCUAACCAACGUAUGGUUGGAAUGUUAUGUCUUUUUUACAUUCGCAGUGUACGACGCUUUCCAGAACUAUACAACGAUCUGGAGGGGAAUGAUGUAUUACGACUAAGUGAAGGUGUUGGUAUAAAUUGCCUGGGUAGUGGUGGUUCUACCGUCGCGAUGACAGCAGCUACUGGGAAUAGCAGAGGUGGCGUAGGGAGCAGCAGUGGUACCAACUCCAACAAAGGACUGAUGCGUUCUCUUUUUUCAAAGGCAACAAAGGCAGUGAAGAACAGUCUUGUGGUGCACCACCACAGAAUCCCUAUUCAGACAUUCGUUCAGGCUUAUGGUAGUUUCGCUAACAAGACAAAUUAUGAGAAAGACCCCAGCAAACCCGCAACACUGAGUAAGGAGUUCAAGAAUAGGACUGCUAUCGCCGCUACGUUUGUGCCAACGCAGCAGCAAGAUCAAGGAACGUUGGCGAUGUCACCUAGUGUAUUAUCAACCUAUGUUUAUGAUGUUGAGGACGACCUUUAUGGACCAUCCAUGGCUUGUGCGGGAGAUGUAGAUGAGACCGAUGUACCACGUCGUGCCAUAGGUGGUAUUAAUGAGUCUACAUCAUCUGUAGUAUGUCGGCGUCUACCUUUGGACAUUAUACACCAGUUUGGACGUUAUCAUGUGCUUCUGAACCCCACUAAGGAAAAUGUAUACACAACAGGAAUAUGCGGUGACACGAUGCAGGUAUUAUCCAGGGUGCAACUGGAAAGAUACGUGGAGUUUGGAAUGUUAUUCGUGGCCGAUCCAAGUAUCUUGCCGUCUAUCGAGAGUAAGCGUCAAUUAAUGCUAUGUAUGCCUCAGCCCCAGUCUGAACCCCAACCCCAACCCCAACCUCUUCCACUGCCUCUGCCUCAACCUCAGCUUCAACCUCAGUUGCAGCUGCAGCUACAAAAACAGGAACCACUGCUAUCGUCUUGUCCUCCAUGGGAAUCUGGUACUGUGGGCAAUGUAAGUGAUGUUCUAUUUGAGGCUCAACCGCUUCCAUUUUCAAUGGAUGAAGUAACGCGUGCACCGGAAUUGCCGCCACUACCGGAUGUAUUUCCUCCCCCUCAACAUUCUUUUCAGCAUCAAAUGGUUACUUCGGGUGCAUUAGGUAACAGCUCCGGGUCACAAAACCACCAAAGUUCUGCUGUCAGUUGCAGUGUCGGGGUCCCUCCUGGAGGUGGUAAUGUUAUGGAUGAUUUGUUUGCUUUUGCAGUGCCAAAGCCCAGUGCACCACCGGGCAGUGAAAGUGGGUGCAAUCGACUGGAAGACUUCUUUCAAUGA